AUGAAUGGUCAACAGAAUGGUCACGCCAAAUCCAUCACAUCCAAAACAGACUAUCGGAGAUGGCGCCUGAAAGAUGACAGAGGUCGCCAAACAUGGCAUUACUUGACCUCCGACGAAGAGAUCAAACAAUGGCCCCAGACUAUUGCCGAUAAAUAUCACCUCGGCCUCGACACUGGACUUCCGGAUCUACCCAAGGCGAAGACACCUUUACAAGCGGCAGAGAAUGGGAUUAAUUUCUUCUCGAAACUCCAACUUGAGCCUGGAAAUUGGGCCUGCGAAUAUGGAGGGCCUAUGUUUUUGCUUCCUGGUUUUGUCAUUACAUUGUAUGUCAUUGAUAUGCCACUGACGCAGCCCGAGCAGACUGAAAUUGUGAGAUAUGUGUUCAAUAUGCAGAAUUGGGGCGAGAAGAAUGGAGGUGACGGCGGCUGGGGCUUACAUAUUGAAGGCGACUCAUCGGUGUUCGGGACCGCCAUGAACUACGUUGUGUUGCGUUUACUCGGAGUCUCUGCCGAUGAGCCACGGAUGGUCAAGGCACGGGAAUGCCUCCAUAAUCUGGGCGGUGCUGUCUAUGGACCUCACUGGGCGAAGUUCUGGCUUUCCGUUCUUGGCGUUAUGAAAUGGGACAUUGUCAAUCCUGUCCCACCGGAAUUGUGGUUGCUACCGGACUGGGUACCGAUAGCUCCAUGGCGAUGGUGGAUCCAUAUGCGAAUGGUAUUCCUACCAAUGAGCUACAUUUGGUCCAAGCAAUGGACGUAUCCACGCGCAGACUCCGAUCCUCUGAUCCGAGAACUGCGACAAGAACUGUUCACAUCUCCUCAUCGAGAAAUCAAUUUUGCUGGCCACCGCAACUCAAUUAGCCCUGCCGAUAAUUACCACCCGAAGACUUGGGUCCUGAACUUGAUCAACCUCCUCCUCGUCUGGAUAUGGAUACCUUUUAUGCGAUGGGAUGGUCUGAUCAAGAAAGCAGAGGACUGGGUCUGGUUUCUCAUCUCCCGAGAAGACGAGAACUCAGAUUAUGGCGAUUUGGCACCUGUCAACGCGCCCAUGAACACGCUAUGUUGCUUCAUCAAAGAAGGCCCCGAGGCCGAAUCGGUGAUCAGACACAGAGAUCGCCUGCAAGACUAUUUCUUCAUUUCCAAAGAUGGCAUGAUGGCAAACGGCACCAAUGGUGUUCAGAACUGGGACACUGCAUUCGCCAUCCAAGCAGUAGUGGAUUGUGGAUUAGAGACCAAACCAGAGUACCACACAAUGCUGCUCAAAAGUCUCGAGUUUCUGGAAGACCAGCAAUUCGUCGAGCACCCCGUUGGUUACGAGACCUCAUCGGCCUAUUCUGAUCCUCCAACACAAGCAACCUCACCAGACGCAUGCUACCGCCACCCUCGUCGCGGCGCUUGGGGUUUCAGUAAUCGCUCACAAGGCUACACUGUUUCCGACUGUACGGCAGAAGCAAUCAAAGCCAUCAUGAUGUUACAAUCCACACUCGACCCCAAAGAUCCCUCACAAUCUCUGUUUCCCGCGUUACUAUCCGACCAACGAAUCCAAUGGGCCAUUGACAUUCUUCUCACGAUGCAAAACUCCGACGGCUCUUGCAGUUCGUACGAACCGAUGCGAGGGAGCACCAAACUGGAGUAUCUCAACGCAGCAGAAGUCUUUGGACGAAUCAUGGUCGAAUAUCCUUAUCCGGAAUGCACAACAGCAUGCAUCACUGCGCUGGAACGGUUUCGAAAGCUCUAUCCUUCCUAUCGAAAGGAGGAAAUUGACAGAUUCAUCACGCGCGCUGUGGAUUGGAUCAGAGGAAAUCAAGCUGCCGAUGGAUCGUGGUAUGGUAGUUGGGGAAUCUGUUACACAUAUGCGGGAUGGUUUGCGCUCGAGUCGUUGAAAAGCCAAGGUGAGACGUAUGAGAAUAGCGAGAGGGUGCGGAGGGCUUGUCAGUUCUUUUUGGAUCGUCAGGAAGCAGAUGGUGGAUGGGGAGAAUCGUACAAGAGCUGUGAGACGGUCACUUGGUGCCGACAUCCAGAUGGUUCGCAAGUGGUGCAGACUGCUUGGGUCAUCAUCGCACUCCUAGAAGCUGGCUAUCCGAACCGCGAGCCGAUCGAACGCGCUGUCAGACUCAUCAUGCAUCGGCAACAAGCCAAUGGCGAGUGGCUCCAAGAAGGAAUCGAAGGCGUAUUCAACAAGAGUUGCAUGAUCUCUUAUCCUAACUAUAAAUUCAUUUUCCCAAUCAAAGCCCUCGGCAUGUACAGCAGACGAUUUGGCGACGCGGCACUGCUGAAUGGAGGAGGGGCCGCAGCGCCCUGAGGCGGCGACCCACCCGUCCGUCCGUCCGUCCGCAGUCAUUUUCUGGCGUGCGCGAGCGGGAAAGAGAAAGGGGAAGUGGUGGAGGAGAGAGGAGAGAGGAGACGGUGGAGAGCUCUCUCAGGUUGAUACCUACCUGCCCGACAGUACAUUACCUGAUAGCAGCAGAUACAUGCGUCCCGCGCAACGCGACACCUGCCUGUUUCUAUGGCUCCAGUGCAGGUAUUAUGGACAAUUAUAAUUACAAUUAACUUAAUCAU